AUGACGUCUCUUAUACCUAGGAUUAAGGCUGCUGAGAAACUCCUAGAGUUAGACAAAAAAGGUGAUGAUGAUAGUAGUACUACUAAUGGAUCUUCAGGUGCACAAGUGAAGCUGCCUAAGCUAGAACUGCCGAAAUUUAAAGAAGUGACAGAAUGGCAGUCCUUUUGGGACCAGUUCAGUUGUCAUGUAGACAAUUCAGAUAUACCAGUAAUAAGUAAGUUUAGUUAUUUAGCGUCAUUGCUGGAAGGAGAAGCCAAAUCAGUUAUCUCAGGUCUAUCUCACACAAGUGUAAAUUAUAAGAUUGCAUGUAAUCUACUGAAGGAGAGAUUUGGAAGGCCAGAGAGGAUGAUAUUUGCCCAUGUUCAAGCACUUUUAAAUGGCAAGGUUCCUGUUAAGGCAGGAGGCCCUAAGUAUGUUUACCUGCUGUGGAAUCUACAGGAUGAGUUGUUGACGCAUAUCAGAAGUUUAGAGGCUUUAGGUGUAUCUAGUAAGCAGUGUGAAGUUUUCCUGACGCCAAUUAUUUUUUCUCGUCUUCCGAGUGAAAUACGACUGGAGUGGGCUAGGAAAGGUGCUGGUCAUGAAAGUGAUUUGGAAUGGCUUCUGAAAUUCUUACAAGAAGAAAUUGAAACUAUUGAAAGGUCUGAGACAUUUAAAGAUGUUACUUCUAGGAAACCAGAAAAUCCUAGUGUAUCUGAAGAAAAAAGAAACUGGCACUCUAGGGCUCAAGGGAGAAGGUAA